GCCAUCCGUCAUUCAGAUUUCCUUCCCCCAUUCUUUCCUAGUUUCCUGACUUGUUCUGACGUGAUGCCCUUUCGUUUUCAACUCGCGCUCCGCCGCGCCGCUUAAACCCUCGCCUCGCGCGACUCCAGGCUCCGCCGCCGUCCUCCCCAGUGGGGUGCCGCAGUCACAGAGGCCGCAUCUUUUCCUACAGUGGCUCGAUAAACCUCUCGUCUUCUGGCGCUACUUCCUCCUCCACUCACCCUCUGCACGUCCACAGUAUAUAGACCGCUAAGCACUGCCCGAAAGCUCUAAGCAUGCGCGACAAGCAACCUGCCUCUUAGUUUCAACACAUUGGCAACGAUAGUUCUCCCAUCGCGCCCCGUCCACCCUUCCUUGGUCCUCCGUGUUUCACGCCCCAGCUAUGGCGCAUUCACGCGGUAACACCGUCACCACUACCCGCAAGGGCAGCAAACCCAUCCCGCUCCUACUGCUGCUCUCCGUUGUCCUCGCUAUUAGCCUCUCCUACAGCAGCCUCGCAAGCGCGCAGACCAUAAAGGUGCCGCAGGAGUCCGCGCUGCUGAGCCUCAAGACAGCCUUCGGGUACUUCACGGGCAGCAGCACGUGGCGCGCGGGGAGGAGCUGCGCGCAAUGGCUGCGCGUGUCGUGCAACUCCGCGGGGGACGUGCUCCGCCUGAACUUCUCUUCCGCCAGCAUGCGCUGGAAGACCGCGGGGAUCCCCAUGGCGCUCACCAACCUCACCAACCUCGACACGCUUAUCCUCGCUAAUAACGAGAUCGUCGCGCCGAUCCCGUGGUACUUAUCGAAGCUGCCUAAGCUGAAGUACCUCGAUAUAAGCAACAACACGUUCUACGGCGGGACGAACCAGAUCUGGGCGCUCACCAAGCUCACCUUCCUCGACCUUUCCAAGACGCUUCUCCGCGGCGCGCUGCCGCCCGCGAUCGGCGGAUUGGUCAAUCUCGUGGCGCUCAACGUCAGCGACUCGUACUUUUCUGGAUCAAUCCCCGACGCGCUCUCUAGCCUGACGAACCUGCAGGCGAGCCGCCUGGACCGCUGCUUCUUCACCGCCCUCCCCGCUGCUCUUCCCGAGCUAGCGUCUGGUACGCUCACCUUCAGCGCAUCAGGAAACCUAAUCUCCGACAUCCCCGUCACCUUCCCCGCGUCUUCCGCCACCGUUGACACGCUGGACCUCUCGUCCAAUCGCAUCGCUUCCCUCCCGACGGAAAUCUCCCUCAUGAGCGAGCUGCGCCAGCUCAACCUGGGCAACAACCAGCUCAGCAUCACGCUCUCUGACGUCACGUGGGGCGAGUUCCUGAGCCUGGAGGGGCUGUACCUGGGGUGGAACGAGAUCACGGGUUCAAUUCCCGUCGAAAUGGGCGAUCUGUCCAACCUCAAGGCGCUGCAGCUGCAGAACAACAGCCUCUCCGACGCAGUCCCCGAUGAGAUUGGGCUGCUGGCGAAUCUGACGUCCCUGGAUCUGAGCAGCAAUGGCUUCACGGGCGAUCUCCCCGCCAGCCUCAACGACCUCUCCUUCCUGCUCCGCCUCGUGCUGGCUAACAAUGAGUUCACUGGCCCGCUGCCCCAGCCCGUGCUGGGAGCCAAUAGCAAGUUCUUUUUGGAUGCCCGGAACAACUCGUUCUCGGGGUCGCCGCGCGUGAAGGGCAUCUGCCCGAACGCACGCCCGGCGAAGCUGCUGGUGGCGGGGAACUGCCUGGACGACGAGGUGGGGUGCCACACGGACCAGAACGUGUGCAAUCCGUGAGAGGGCGGGCGGUGCAAGGCGCAGAGAGUGGCGCUCUGCUGCACGCCACGGCUUUUUAGUGGAGCUGAUAGUGGGGUGCAAGACACAACGAGUGGCCGAGCUUGCUGUGGCAUUUUGGUGUUGUUGUGGUGAUUCGUAGUUGCACUCGUGUCCGUGACGAUCGUUUGGGAGGGGGGGUGAGCAAGAGGUGUGCAUACGGGCCAUGGCAGGUGGAGAGGGGAGAGCUGUGGCUCGUGUCCACACCAUUCGGUGCUCAGGGAAUAACCAGCAGCUUGCUAGAAGCGACUGGGAAGGGGUGGGCAGGGCAGUACGUUCAGUGGGAAACUCUUUCAUGCUGUGGCAGAAAGUUUAUGGGGGCGAUGAUGGACCUAGCUGCAUAGCUUUGGUUGGGAAAGAAAGCAUAUGCCUGCGGUCAUUAUGAUUUACGAGUACCUUUUGUGAAUUGGUGGGAUAAUUGGUGGCUUUGGUUCAUUCCAGCCUACUGAAUGAACUUGCCGGUAUGACACCACUUUGAGAAGAUGGACUUUCGGUGUUCUAUUACACGAGACAAGAAUGCAUUUACUUAGAUUUGGAUAGGGUAUAAUAUUCCUCACGUGUUUCUUCAAUCUCAUGUAGUCUAU